AUGUCUUUCACGUGUACACCAGGACAAUUGGUGGCCCACGUGAUCUCUAACUUGGCGGUUUCCGAUGGCAUUCUGCUUCCAGACCUAUGGAAGCUUGUCGCUGCCAAAUCCUUGUCCUCCACCAUCGACAACCUUCAGAAAAACAUCGUGUGGUCGGCUCUUAUGGGCUCCUCGAAUGGCCUUAUAGCCAUCAAGGUCGGCGCUGACCGCAGUCGUGAUGUUCCAUUGACGCCGAAUUUCACUUUUGGAAAUCUUCUCCUUCAUGGAACCGAACCAGAGAUCUUCUUGGUGGCUACUGAGAAGUGCCAGUUCAUGUACUUGACUGGAACGGAAAACUACCAUGCCUUAAAAACUAGCUUGGGUGAUCUUCCCGUUCAGUUGCUACGUGUGGUUGCUAGACAUGGGUCUAAGGGCAUUUUAAACGCUGAUUUGGCUAGAGAGUCCGGACAAGAUAUUCGUUCGCUUCGAGUAAGACUACUCAAGCUUGAACAAGCAGGUCUAGUUGUCACCAAAGCAGUCUUCAUCGAUAAAAAACAUACCACCCAAUCAUGGCAUACGAAGUUUGCUCCAGCAAGCGCUACUACGGAUAAUGGUGAAGCUGAAGAAGACCUUGAAACUUCGCGUGACGUAUCCAAGCUCAGGAGAUUAAUUGUGGAUGCUGUGCAAGAAGCACCCAACCAGCUACGAGGGUUUUCCGACUUGCGCAAGGAACUCAAGCUCGAUGGCUCGCCACAGGCAUCCAAAUUUUUCCGGUACGUGUGCCUACGGCUACAUCAAACGGGAUAUGUUGAAAAAGUCACUGUGGAGCUUCCGGAAACUAAGCAGAGAGUCUACGCACUUAAGUUUAUAAAGCCGCUUCCGAAGGACAUUGACGACAUUGAUACAGGUUUGGAAGAUCUAAACGCAGAGUUAGAUGACUCGGACCAAGAUGACGACUCAGUCCAGCAAGAAGAACAGACAAAGACGCCCCUUUACAAUAAAAUCUUUCCGCAAUUCAAUCAAUUCUUCCAGCAAAUUUACGAUAGAGGUGAAACUGGAAUAACCAGUGGUGAAAUUGUCAAAACGUUGCUUGGGACAAAUGAUUACAGACCGUAUGCCAGGCUCUUCGAGGCCCUACCUAGCUAUUUGAGCAAUGGCAAGUCGCUAAAAGCCUGCAAAAAAUACGUCGAUCCCUAUGACGAUUACACCAUCUCGAAACUAUACGACAACGAAGGCAAACUCAAGUUUUACAGGUACUUUGUAAAGCAAUUUUGUCACGAGACAAAACCCGAUCCUAAACUUCCUCCGAAGCCAAGGGUCUCAAAGGAUUCCAUUAUCACUUUAAAUAAAAAGCUUCACGCUUCACUCGGUAAGACAUCCGACGCAGCCCUUUUAGAAAAGAAAAGAAGAAUGUUCGAAAUCAGCGGCCAAUCCCAAAAAAGACCGAGAAUCGAGAAAAAGUCACCGGCAUUACCAACGCCUGAGCUUACCGGAGAUUUCCUGGAUGAAAGACCCAGACGCCGUCGUAGAGCGAAUGUCUCGUAUAAUGUCGAUGAUCAAUUCUAUGAGAUCGAUGAAGGGCUGGAAGAUGAGUAUACCCCCCAGCCCGACGAAGCCAUGGAAGACUCCCUGCCUGAACCUUCCCCGGAGGAAGUCGCUCUGGCAGCUACCGAGGUGGCCAAUGGAUCGGAGGACACUCUUUCAUCAACUCACUUACCGCGAUUCGAAAGUAAAGCCAGGAAACCCACGAAAACACGAACUGCUCUGCCACAAGUCUAUAGAGUUGAGGGCUCAGCUCGGUCUAUGCAAAGACGUAAACAUCUUCUCGAUAUAAUCAGGGAAGCCGGCGGUGCAACCUACAGCAGCUCAAUUUUGUGCAAAAAAAUCGAUGAGCGUAUGAACAAUUCAACUUUGACGGAUAUCAAGACAUUAGCCCGCGACGUCAUUGCUUGCACAAAAAGUAAUGAGUUGGAAAUUCGGAAGGUAUCUGUGAACGUCGGAGAGCAACAAGUGGAGAAGAAGAUUUUAUUGCUCACAAAGCCUGAGGACAGGCCCUCUGAAGAAAGAUUGGAGGAAUUGAGAGAGGAAUUUGCAGCUUUUCAAUCUCGCAAGGAAAUUAAGCAGUUCCAAAAGCGGCUCAUUCAGCUGGACAUGACGCUUUAUGUCGAGAAACCUAGCGUCAAGAAGGCUAGCGCACUCACGCGCAAAAAGAGAGGUAAGAAUCGUCUACGGGCUUUGGGAGAUGACCAAGGUGAAAGCUUGGUCAAAACUGAGCCUCAUGAUGAUCUUAUUCAGGAGAAUGAAGACGUGCUUUCACAUCUUAAGCGUACAAGGAGAGCGAGAAAGAUGACUGCGUCGGGCGCCGGAGAAACGCCUCGGGUGUCUGCCAAGCGAGGGAGAAGGAAUAUAAAGAUGGAGAGGUCUGAAGCGCUUCAACUUUUCAGAGCCGUUGCUAUAUCCAAAGCAUUUUCUAGAGAGGCUAUUGACUUUGAUCGUAUCGCUCAAUUGUUUCCCGAUAAGGACGGUCAAACGAUAAAGCAAAAGUGGGGAACAGUGAGACGGCUGUUCGGCGGCGCUGAUGUUGUGUCUCAAGGAGUACAGACAUUCCAACAGAUGCUCAUGCUGGGUAUCGCGGAUGGACUGAUUACUGAACAGCACCUUACACAAGGCAAUUUGGAGUUCUUUCUUGAAUACUGGCGUGAAUAUGAUUCCAACUUUGAUUUGAACUCUCUUGAAGGGAUGCCUUUAUUUAAUUCAUACGAAAGAAACUCAAGAGAAUAUUCAUUUGCGAAGGAGGAGCCUCAAGAUAUAAGUCUUGCGGAGAAAAUCGAGGAUAUCUCUAUGCGACAAAAAGAAUCUGUUUUGUGUCAACAUAUUUUUGCCCGAGCUAGUCAAAAACCACUCCAGGAGAAGCGUUACGAGGAACUUCGCUCUGUACUCAAAUCAAUAUUUUAUACCGAGGAGGAGAAUGUCGAUAUGCAAGUAUUGACUGGAAUAAUGAAGAAGUAUGGUGAAAGCGAAGUGGAGGCAGCUACCAAAGCGUUGAUUCAUGAUCGAGAAGUUCUAUUUCUUAAGAUAGAUGAGCAAUCCAAGUUUGUGUUGGGUGAGAAGUUCCGCAAUGCGCUUAAUCCAAAAGUUUUCACCACAGCAUUUUUCAAAAGUGCUGCAUCGUUCAAAGAGAUACUCGUGUCAUUAUCAGCAGCUAAUAACGGUCUCAUUUUGUCACAUGGAGUGAUGCCUGGUGAAAUGGCAACUCUUUUGCAAUUGAUCUCGGACGGAGAAAUCGAAGUUGUCAGAGUUGAUCGCCAUUUACGGUUCGAGAGUUAUGAGUCCCGAUUAAUAGACAAGGACCAGUUGUCUUGUGAUCUCAUCUUGAAAUGUGACGUCUCCAGGGUAAAGGAGACAAAGCCGAAUCCGGUGGCCAUACCGUUCGAAGGCCCCUGUAAUCCGAUAUGGUUUGACUUAAAUGCCCAAUUGCAUAGAUCAUUGUGGAUCGAUCUCAUCACCACCAUAUUGAACUACAUCAUCUUUAAGCCAGGGUUGACUGAUGAAUACCUUUUCGCUAAGAUGAACCUGGUACUCAACGUUAAGAGCUUCCAGUACAUCAUGAAUUGGCUUGUGGAAAGCGAGUGCAUCAUCCCCUUGGAGAGCCACGGCUACCUUCCCACUAACAAAUGGCAGUAUAUUCUAGGCUCCGCCUAA